GGUGUCGCCGUUCAAACACACGCGCUCUGGUAACUGAACCGUCUCGAGCUGCUCCUCCGCCAACCAGCCAACCCUCAGGUGGACUGUCUGAUCCCUGCAGGUACACGGUGAUCCAGCAGUGUGUGUGUGUUUCUUCCAGCAGCAGUUCAGUGUGUCCGUGUUCACAAAAGCCACAGUGAUGAGCAGCAGAAGCCGCAGGACCUGUGCAAAGAGACGUUCAAGUUGUUUUGGACGGUUCUCCAGAGUGACUCUACAGAAGCCUGGAUGGUCCAAAGAUGAGGAUGAGAAGCUGCUCAGGCUGGUGAAGGAGUUUGGAUCCAGCAGCUGGUCUUCUGUUUCUCUUCAUUUUAAACAGGGCCAGAGGUCAGAUGUGGAGUGUCAGAGGAGGUGGCAGCAGGUGAAAAACCCAGAGCUGGUCAAAGGUCCCUGGACUCAAGAAGAGGAUGAGAGGGUCAUCGAUCUGGUUCAGAAAUACGGUGUGAAGCGUUGGUCGCUCAUCGCCAAACAUCUGCGCAGUCGUAACGGAAAGCAGUGCCGCGAGCGCUGGCACAACCACCUGAACCCGACAGUGAAGAAGAGCAACUGGACGCUGGACGAGGACGCCGUCAUCUGUCAGGCCCACAGACUGCUGGGUAACCGCUGGGCUGACAUCUCCAAACUGCUGCCUGGCAGGACUGAUAACUCCAUCAAAAACCACUGGAACUCCACUUUGAAGAGGAAGGUGGAGAAGGAGGAAUACCUCCAGGUCUUACACCUGCACCACUCCUGCAUCACCUCCUUCAACUCCUCCAGCUCCUCUUCCACCAGAGCCAACAUCCCCACCAAGGCAGACAGUCUAUCCUCUGUGAAGGACGAGUCCAGCUGCACCUCCACCCAUCAGAGUGACCACACCCACCUGUACUCCAGCAGUGUCCCUGCGUCCUCCUCAGGUUACCACUCCUCUGUGAGCGUGAGUGAGCUGACAGUGCCCGAGGAACUGAUGGAGGCGAACUCAGACACCUGGAGCUGCGAGCCGCAGGAAGUGACCUCAGCAGCCUCCACAAGCAGAGAAGACAGCGAACUGUCAGUUACUGAUCUGAGCCGGAGCUAUGUAAGAGAACAAACACCUGAGGUUGCAGGUGUGACAGAGCAGCUGAAGGCUGGAGAUGGAGCCUCCUGCAAAGACUCCACCUCCUCCUGGAGCAGAACACAGGGAGCUGUGAGCUUCUCCCCAUCAGAGUUCUUCAGCCUGUGUGCUGUUGAUGAUCUGAAGCUGCAGCGUCCCAUCUUCACCUCCACCCCCGUCUGUUCGUUCAAACACUCCACCAACAACAACUGUGACUCGUGUCUGCACUGCAGCUCCAGCAGCCAGACGCUCUCAGAGAUCACAGAGUUGUUGACGGCGGCUCCUCCAACACCAACUCCUCUGAAGAGCAGCAGCCAGGACGAGGUAUCAGUUUGUUGGAGCAGGCUGAUCAAUCUGCUGUGGGACGAGCAGAGUGUUCAUCCUGACAGCCAGCAGUCCAGCAGCAGCUCAGAGGUCCAGGGAGAGAGUCUGCUAAGCUCCAUCCUGCAGGUCCAGACCCAGUCCAGCUCCGUCCAGCAGACGGAGUCCGGCUGUGUGCUGGGCUGUGAGGAGUUUGGCUGCUUCCCAUUGGAGGGGCAGGUGGAGGUGUGGUGGUGUCAGCAGUCAGUCAGCCAGCACUCUCCUGAUUGUCCUGCGUAUAGACCGAAGCCCUUUGAGGUGAACGAGGAGCUGCAGGUGGUGAUGUUUGGGAGAACAGAUGAUCAGAUGAGUGUGACGGAGCAGGCCCGGCUCUACGCGGAGCCGUGACCCUCAGCAGGUGAGUCCAGCUCGUCCUCCGCUCCGGAGACACUCCUUAGUUGCCUGCCGUCAUCUUCAUCAUCUCUUCAUCAUCAUCAGUGUAAUGAGGCCGACCUGUGGGAGGAGCUUGAUGAGUCGUCCUGCAGCUCUUUAUUUCAUUGAUCUUAUUUUAUUAUGAACAGAUGAUUGACAGCUUCACUGCACGUCCAUCAGUUCAGAUGAUCCACUGAUGUUUUAUUGAUUUAUUUAGCAGUUCAACAUUUGAUUGACUUGAUUUUAUACAUAAUUUAUAUUUUACACUGCAUUUUAACAAAACAAUGUUUUUGUAUUUUAAAACAAUUUCUUAAACUUAUUUCUUGUGUUUUUACUGAAGAUGUCAAAACUAUUUUAAAUUCUACAUGAAUGUUUUAUUCAUGUAUUUAUAUGUAUUAUAUAUUAUAUAUAUUACAUAGUUUGUUGUCUUUUUGAUACAGAGACACUUAUUAUUUAAACUUUUGGAUAAAAACUGAACAUCUGUUUAACUCGAUGGAUUUUAAUUUGAUACAUUUGAAGAAGAGUGAACUAACUGAAUGUAUGUGGUCUGAUAACAGCUGGAUAUUGAUUGUAAAUUAUUCUUUUACUAUUGAAUGAAAACAGUCAACAUUUAUUCAUUAUUUUAUUUAAAUUGUUUUGCACAUUAAACAAACUGAUGAAGA